UGAUGUAUCCCCUUCUAAACCGUGUCUGGAGACAGCUGUGUAAACUUCUCGAGGUUGGGGAAAUAUGUGCAAUAUUUUGCGUUUCCUUACAGUUGUGUAGAUCAAAUAAAUUCGCCACACGAGCAUGAUAACACUAAGCGUGUGGUUUAUUGCCGUGCCGUCGCAGGUUCAGUUAUGAUACUGGCUAAAGUGAGACUUUAGCUAAACUGAGCUAGCAUGUCUUGCUAAUGUAAACAAUAACAUAUGCGGAGACGUUUUACUUCCACGCGUGUGAUUCUGACUAAAGUGUGCCGUCAUUGCUCCUCACGCGGCGUCCAGUAACCGUAACUCCACAGCUGUUGUUAUCAGCACGUUGCAUUUAACAGUUCUAGGGUGUAGUUUGGCGUCCAGUGCCUUCACACCCUCAGUCUUUGACAUAUUCCACCCUGAUCUGUCUUCUUGUUAAUCCUUCGUAAACAUAUUUUAAGACACUGUGAAUUAUCAAGAUGCAUGUACUGCUUCUCAAAGAGCCAAGAGAUGAGGAGUCUGGACCUGAUCCUUACGUUAAGGAGCUGGCGUCGUACGGCCAUAAAGCAACCCUAAUUCCCGUGCUGUCUUUCAAAUUUGUCUCUUUAAACACCUUGUCAGAUAAGCUUUUCCAAGCAGACUAUUACGGUGGUCUUAUAUUCACUAGUCCGAGGGCAGUGGAAGCUGUGGUGAAGAGCUUGGAAGCAGAUGAAAGAAAGGAAGAGUGGGACCAAUCAAUGAGAGACAAGUGGAAUACCAAAUCAAUCUACGUGGUUGGAAAGGCCACCGCUGCAUUAGUCAAGAGUCUGGGACUGAAAACUUUGGGCGAGGACACUGGGACGGCAGAAAUACUUUCACGCGUUAUCAUUGAACGUGAGGACAAAAAAAUGUCGCCACUUCUUUUCCCCUGUGGCUCACUCAAAAGAGAAGUCUUGCCCACGGCUUUGAGGGACAAUGGAGUCCCCUUGGAGACCAUGACUGUCUAUCAAACAGCUGAACAUCCAGAUCUUAAGAAAAAUCUCAAGAACUAUUUCACAGAGCAGGGAACUCCAGCCAGCAUAGCUUUCUUCAGCCCUUCAGGAGUCAGGUUUUGCCUUGAAGUGAUACAGAGGUUGUCAGUUUGCUGCUAUAGGACCUACUACACGAGACGCCAUGGCAGCAGAAGGCCUGGGUGUCAGCUGCACUGCAGAGAAGCCUACGGGCGAACAUUUGGCUGCAGCAAUAGCCAAAGCUUUGCAAGAACCAUCCACAGGACACAGUGCUUGAUUCCAGCCACUUUAGCAGAUGUUUGUGAAUUUAGAAUCAAGAUGUUUGUUAAUUUCUGCUCAUUUUGCCAGCAAAGACAAGUGAAUGUCUACAGGUUUGUCUGCACUGUGUGUUUUACAGUAUUUAUGUCAAAAUGUUUUUUUUUAAAUAAAUUUCAGCAAACGUAAUCAUGUGGAAGCUUUGUUCAGUUCGUUG